AUGGGAAAACCUUUAACAGAAGAGCUUGUCCUCAGUAGAAGUAAAGCAGAAAGCCUUGACAGUGUUAAAAAUCUCAAUCUCUGGGGAAAUGAUAUAGAUGAUGUUAGAAUUCUCAGAGAUAUGCCAAAUGUUGAAGUAUUAUCAUUAAGUGUCAACAAAAUUUCUAGCCUUACUCCUCUCCCUCCAUGAGCGAACAAAACCAUUGGAAAAUCCCUAUUUUUUGCCCAAAACCCCACCACCCCCCUGAGCAUCAAGAAAUUUUUUUAAUAGAAAAAAAUUAAGAUAUAUUGAUAAUUAGCAUAAUAAAAUCUCUAGCUAAUUCUAUUUAAUUUUAAGCAGCUUGCAUUUUUAAAAUAAAUUUUACAAAUUUUGCGAAUUGGGAUAUUUUUAAAAAUUUGAAAAAACAAAUUUGCUAUAAUAAUUAUAUAUAAUUUUUAAUCCAUCCAUGCACAGACCAAAUUUUUUUUGUUUGCUCACGUAGGAGGGAGUCAGGGAAUUUAGAAAUUGCCAAAAGCUAGCAGAGCUUUAUUUAAGAAAAAAUUUAAUUGCAGAUGUGAGCGAAAUCCGAUAUCUACAAAAUCUUCCAAAUUUGAAAGUUUUAUGGUUGUGGGAUAAUCCAUGUGCAGAAAAUCCAAAUUAUAGACAAUACAUAAUAAGUCAUCUUCCUAAUUUAUCAAAGCUUGACAAUCAAGCAGUAACUCCAGAAGAGAGGAAUAGCGUAGGAGAUCAGCAGCCUUCUCCAAGUCAAAAUGCUCAAAAUUUGGCACCGAUAAAAAAGGAAGAACCAAAAAGACCUGCCACUAGUUCAGAGAGCAGAAAUAGAGUUAAAAGAGGAAAGCCAGAAGGGGAAAGUAGGAGCGAGAAUAUUCUUUGUGCAGUUUUAGCUCUCUUAAAGGAGCUUGAUGAAGCAGGCUUAGAAAUAGUUAAAAGAGACAUCGAAAGAAAACUAAAUCGGUAA